ACGAGGCCGAGGACUCCGACAAUGAGCAUGAGAUGCGACCAAAAAGCUCGCAAGAAGGCCGCACCAGGGGUGUACAAGCACAUGAACGAGCGGCAGAAACGAAGCGCCGCGAAACUCGACGACAUGGAGCACGAGGAGCUCUCUGCCGAACUCUCAGCCUAG